GUUCCCUUGUUUUUUUUUCAAGCAAUUUUGCAUAUAUAUAUAUAUAUAUAUAUACACACAGUAUAUACAAUACAAUAAAAACUGAACAAGAACAUGGAAAAAUCUUUCGUGAGACCUUGAUGACCUGGUAUGGAACUCAGCUCCAGUCCUAAACAACCCCAAACAGAUUUUUUUUUUUACACAACUCUUUUUUUUUUUUUUUUGCCCUUCUUACCACAAAGAAACAAAUGGAUUUGAGUCAUUUUCAGUUUGAUGAGUCUUCAUUUAUACAACAACCACAAAGACAGUCAAAUUUAAAUAUCGGUCGUGUGCCACAAGUAUUGGAUCACCCUAAAUCCAUUCGUAGCAUUACUGUAGAUCGUUGUUCCAACUUUACAAGCGGUGGUGCUAACGGAAACGAUGUCAAUUUACUCUCCCAACUGUAUAAAGCUAGAACAAAUUCAGAGGAAUAUAUUUCUUUACUAGUUUAUAGUGUUCCUGAUCUAAAGAGAAUACCUUUCAAAGAAGCCAUUCAACAGGAAUUUAGACCUACACGUUUGGGUGAGUGGUUUGGUCCUUCAUGGUCUACACAUUGGUUUCAUGUGCAACUUCGAAUUCCCAAUGAAUUUGUAGGAGAAGAGGUUCAACUUAUAUGGAAUGCAGAUAAUGAAGCCAUGAUUUGGAGUAUGGAUGGAGUGACCUUACAAGGUUUAACAGGAGGAGCUGGUAGCGAUGCACGUCAUGAAUACAUUUUGACAACACGAGCAGAAGGAGGAGAAGUGAUUCAACUAUAUAUCGAGAUGGCAUGUAAUGGCAUGUUUGGAGCCGCUAGUAGUGGCUUAAUUAGCCCGCCUGAUCCCAGUCGAUUUUUUAAUUUAAACGAAGUGGAUUUGGCUGUACCCAACAAACUAGCAUGGGAAUUGCUGUAUGAUUUUCAAAUUAUUUUCGGUAUGGCCAAAGAACUUGCAGAAGAUUCUUUACGUGGAUCACAAGCAUUGUUUUGUGCGAAUAAUAUCAUUAAUGUAUUUGUACCUGGUGAUGAUCAAUCACUACGCCAAGGACUGAAAAUUGCACAAGAAUUCUUGGUAUCAAAAAAUGGAGACGCACAACAUGAGAUUUAUGCUAUUGGACAUUGUCAUAUCGAUACAGCUUGGUUAUGGCCCUUUGAUGAGACUAUUCGAAAGGCUGCCAGAAGUUGGUCUUCACAGAUCGAUUUGAUGGAUAGGUAUCCGGACUAUAAAUUUAUUUGUUCACAGGCACAACAAUUUGAUUGGGUCAAGGAACGCUAUUUACCUCUUUGGGAGAGAAUUCAUCAAAAGGUGGCUACAGGUCAAUUCUUGCCUACAGGAGGAACUUGGAUUGAGAUGGAUACGAAUAUGCCGAGUGGAGAAUCACUUUGUCGACAAUUUCUGUAUGGCCAAAGGUUCUUUGAACAAAACUUUGGUAAACGUUGCAAAGUCUUUUGGCUUCCCGAUUCGUUUGGAUACUCUUCACAGCUUCCACAAUUAAUGAAAUUAGCUGAUCUUCGAUACUUUUUCACACAAAAGUUAUCCUGGAACAAUGUCAACAAGUUUCCGUUAACAACAUUUUGGUGGGUGGGUUUAGACGGAUCCAAGUCCUUGACCCAUAUGGCGCCGUCAGAAACAUAUAAUGCACAAUGUACACCGGAAGAAUUGGCGCGAAGUGUCAAAAACAACCGCGAUAAGGUGUACUCUAACUCCAGUCUUCUUGUUUAUGGUAACGGUGAUGGAGGAGGAGGACCUUUAGCUAGUAUGAUUGAACGCUUAAAAAGAAUGAAAAACGUGGAUGGUUUACCAAAGACCACCAUGGCUUUACCCACCGAAUUCUAUGAAAAUAUCGAACGAACAGCUAAAGCACUUCCAUCUUGGAAAGGUGAACUGUACUUUGAAUUGCAUCGUGGAAUUUACACUACACACUCGCUUUGCAAAAAAUUAAACCGUAGCUGUGAAUUUCUGUUACGUGAUAUCGAGCUAUUAGCGACCUUUUCAUUACUCCAGUUCCCUGACACAUUCCAAUAUCCUAAGCAGGUGUUUGAUGAUUUUUGGAAACUGUUAUGUCUCACACAAUUUCACGAUGUCAUGUCGGGAUCAGCGAUUGAAAUGGUGUACGAUGAUUGUUUACAAAUGUACACAAAAAUUGACGUCAUUGGUAAACAAAUGCGAUCAGACAUGUUGAAUCAAUUACUACAGCUAGAUGAAAUGAUUGACGGUAUCAAGGGGCUGGCAGUGAUAAAUACGUUGCCAUGGGAGAGAAACGAGGUGAUCGAGGUCCCCCUGGAUGACGGAUUACCUACUAUGAAGCAAUACUCUGCAUUUGGAAGAAGUGGAUAUGCUGUAGCUAAGAGUGUAGCAGCUUCAGGUGUAACAGGCUAUACAUUGGAGGAAGUAGAUACACCACCUCCUGUACGGGUAGAAAAAGAUCGCAUGAAUAACAUUGUUAUGGAAAAUCAGUAUAUCCGUGUUACAUUUGACCAUGCGGGUCAUUUGAUUCAUUUGUAUGAUAAACAAGUAGAAAGGGAAUUAAUCAAGCCUGGAGAAAGAGGAAAUGUUUUUAAAAUGUAUGAUGAUAUCCCGCUCUUCUGGGAUGCAUGGGAUGUUGAAAUAUAUCAUUUGGAGAAAUUCAAGAUUGUAGAAGAUGGAUCUGUUCAAAUUCUGGAACAAGGACCAUUGCGUUGUUCACUGCUUGUUGAAAAGAGGCUUUCGGCAACAAGUCAAUUAAGACAGAUUGUGGUACUUUCAGCUGUUUCGCGACGAUUAGACUUUGAAACUGAAGUUGAUUGGAAUGAAAACCGACAAUUCUUAAAGGUGGAAUUUGCUUGGGAUAUUUUAACAGACAAUGUGAAUUAUGAAUGUCAAUAUGGACAUGUAUCGAGACCAACGCAUUACAAUACCAGCUGGGAUGCAGCCAAGUUCGAGGUAGUGGCACAAAAGUUUGCAGACAUGUCAGAAUUUGGUUAUGGAGUUGCCCUUUUGAAUGAUUGUAAAUAUGGAUAUUCAGCUCACCGGAAUGCUUUGAGACUGUCUUUAUUAAGAGCACCCAAAGCACCUGAUUCUAAUUGUGAUGUUGGACACCAUUCUUUCAAAUAUGCUAUCUAUCCUCAUGAACAUCACUUUUUACAGUCUGAUGUUGUGCGUGAAGGGUAUAAUUUCAAUUCACCAUUGUUAACAAGAUUAGUACAGCAAGAUAAGAUAGAAAGAGUCAAGUUUUCUUUUCCUAAAUUCCAUAUUGAAAACGCCUCGAAUGUAGUACUGGAUACUAUAAAACGAGCAGAAGAUACGAAUGAUGUUGUGAUUCGGUUGUAUGAAGCAUACGGAGGGCAUGCAAGAGCCAAAUUGAUGAGUUCAAGGAUAAUUAAGAAAAUGGUGAAAUGUAACAUUCUUGAGGAUGAGCAAGAGGUGAUUACUAUUAUAGACACAACAGCUGCAAUGAGUGUAAGGACGUUUAGUACAAACCUGAGAGUACUUGAUGAUGAUAUGUUGGAUUUACAACAAGAAAGCCAACAAAGACAGUUAGAUGAAGGGACAUUAAUUAAAUUCAAGCCAUUUGAGAUUAUAACUUUAAAAAUAUCAUGCGCGUAGAAAUUUAUUUUUUUAUUUUUUCUUUUAUAUAAAAAAAGGGGUGUGGGGGGAAGAGAGAGGAUUAUAGACGACCUCUGUAAUUUU